UUUACUCUCGUCGCGAGCCCGCCGUCCCUCUCUCGGCUACUUCGACUCUACCCCAGUCGUCGCCUUUCUCAGUCUUCCUCUCUAUCUGUCUGCAGUGCCAGACCCAAAAUCCAGCGAUUGUUCAUCUUCACAUCGCUCGCGGUGUCGUCGUCCGAGGCACAGAGACGCUAUUUAUAGUUGCAGCAAGUGCAAGCCAGAACAACACAAUUUGAAAUUGUUGCUCUUGCUCGAGAGAAGUUCGAAUUUUGGUGAGCCAUGGCGUAUGGUGGUCCACCCACAGCGGCUGGCUCGGGAUCGACUUCUUCAAUCAGACAGGUCAAGCUGGAUAGAGAGAGCGAGCUCAGGAUUGAAGUUGGAAACGACUCACCUCUCCGUUUGCGGCUGGUAUCUGGUAAUGCUGAGAUCUUCGGCACGGAGCUUCCUCCUGAAAUAUGGCUCACCUUACCACCGAGGCUGAAAAUUGCCGUUUUCACUUGGUAUGGAGCCACGCUUGAAAUGGAUGGUGCAACUGAAACUGAUUAUACGGCAGAUGAGACACCCAUGAUUGGUUAUGUGAAUGCCCAUGCCAUACUUGAAGGAAGAAGAAGCCGUGCUAGAGCAUCAUCAUCUGAUGACUCUGGUUCUACUCAGGGUCCACGGGUAAUUGUUGUGGGGCCUACUGACUCAGGUAAGAGCACCUUGUCUAGGAUGCUUCUUAGUUGGGCUGCAAAACAGGGUUGGAAGCCUACAUUUGUGGACUUGGAUAUUGGCCAAGGAUCUAUAACAAUUCCUGGAUGCAUUGCUGCUACCCCUAUUGAGUUGCCCAUUGAUCCCGUUGAUGGAAUCCCACUUGAAAUGCCCCUGGUGUACUUUUAUGGACACACUACUCCAAGCAAUAAUGUUGAUCUGUACAAAGUGCUUGUGAAGGAGCUUGCCGAAGUGCUGGAGAGGCAAUUUACUGGCAAUGCAGAAUCUCGAGCUGCUGGUAUGGUUAUCAACACAAUGGGAUGGAUUGAGGGUAUUGGCUAUGAGCUGCUUCUACAUGCAAUUGACACGCUGAAUGCCAAUGUAGUCUUGGUUUUGGGUCAGGAGAAACUUUGGAGCAUGCUUAAAGAUGUACUAAAGAACAAGCCUAAUGUGGAUGUUGUAAAACUCCAAAAGUCAGGUGGUGUUGUAUCCAGAAAUGCCAAAUUUCGUCAAAAGGCCAGGAGUUACAGAAUAAGGGAAUAUUUUUAUGGCCCUGCAAAUGAUUUCUCACCACACUCCAACAUUGCAAACUUUAACGAUCUAUUCAUUUAUCGCAUUGGCGGUGGACCUCAGGCACCUCGUUCGGCACUACCUAUUGGUGCAGAACCUGCUGCAGACCCCACAAGAUUAGUGCCUGUCAACAUUAAUCGAGAUUUGCUCCAUUUGGUUCUUGCUGUUUCAUUUGCCAAAGAACCUGAUGAAAUUAUGUCAAGCAAUGUUGCUGGAUUUGUGUAUGUUACUGACAUUGACAUCCAAAGGAAGAAACUUACAUAUCUUGCGCCAUCGGCAGGGGAACUUCCAGGCAAAUAUUUGAUUAUGGGAACUUUGACCUGGCUUGAGACCUGAGAAUCCAGCCCCACCAGUUUAUUCAUUUUGUUUAUGACACUAGGACAGAGGAAGGAAUGGAGGAACCAUAAAUUUUCCUUGAGGUAAAAAAUCACCGUAUGCAUGGAUGUCAAUAGAAAGUCCAGGAAUAUGUGUUAUGUCAAUGUGGCAUAUUCAAUAUCAGUUCUGGGAAUGAAUUGUUUUAGAUUUAUUUUUCUGUGAAUUGCACAUAUGAUUAGAUGUCAACCAUAUAUAGAGGUGUCAAUUUUAGCAACUAUCGAACUAGGUGGAAUUUUUUUUUUCAAAUAGAGAUAAUGAUGGGAAUUGAAAAUGCA